ACGCUCGUUCCAUGGGCUGUUGGUAAGCAGCUCGUGGGAUGUAACGGUAAUAGACUCCUUAGCCGCUAGUAGGAUUAGUGCCGGGUUUGUUUAUAAACCUGGUACGACUGCCGCUGAAGCGGAAGAGCGAAAAAAUGAAACGUAAAAAGACUUAAUAGAUGAUGAGUAUCUUCUUUUUGAGCAAGCUUUGUAAGAACCUAAGCAUAUGCACUGAGGAACCCAGAGCAAGUAGCUUUUUAAAACAGAGAAUCUCCCUGGCAAUACAUAUUGCGAACGCCGCUUGCGUACUCGGAACAAUAAUUGACAAAACAACUUUCGACAAAUUUUUUAUUUGUAACACAAUUAUAUUUGUAUAUUUUAUUUUCUCGUGUCGAUUUGCGUGUUCUUAGUGAAGAAACGUAACAGGUAUCGAGUUUGAUUGCAAGGACAUCAACACUUAUCAUUGCCUUGUUAUUAAUAUCAAUUCCAUAUCUAGAAAAAUCCAAGGAUUUUGCCUGGAGUACGUGAUGAAGGGACUCAUGACUGUAAUCUCGGUUACUAUGAUACUUUUGACUUUCUGAUUACUAUUAGGUGGACCAGAUGGUUUAUUCGGAGAUAAUUGUGGGCUCAGAAAAACUCAUAGGUAGGUAAAAUUGUUGACAAAUUCAAUUGUUUCAUUUUGUACAUCCGCAUAUCCAUUUUUGAUAAGCUUCCACCCUUUCUGAAUUUUAUUGCUUUGGAAAUCCCACGUGUACUGUUAGAUUGUUCCUGUCGCAGUAAUUUUCCAGCUCUUUUAGAGCGUUUUGUAUGUGUUCACAUUUUUUAGUUUUUUGUUGGAACAGUCGAAAAUUAAUGAAGUAUUUCGUUGGCUCACAAUUCGACCAAUCAGAAAUCGAGUUGAAUAAUUUUGGUACAAAUGGGGCUUGACCCUGGAAAGCACCAAGAUCUUCAGCUUUGUGUUAAUUGAAAUCAAAAUUUUGUUUUCAGAACUGGAAAUGUGCAAUGUUUUCUGUGUCUCAGCUUUGUCUAAUAAAUAUAUUGUCUAUUAUUCUCUUGUAUUGUAAUAUAUUAGCUGUUUGAGUGAAUAUUUCGGCAGUGAUGCGCCGAAAAUAUCGGAUGCUUGCAAUUGCAAAAUAUGCAUGUCAGUUGUCAGUGUUGAUAUUCUUGAGUAAAUCACUAUAAAUGUAUGUCACUUUUCAGAUUCACGUUAUUAUGUUUCUCUUUGUAAUUCUUUUUCUUUUCCUGCUCAGUGUUGCAUGGCUUUGUCAUCUCAUUUUUAUUGGCCCAGAGCAUGGAACAGUUAUCAUUCACCCGGUUAACCUUUUUGGUGCUUCAAUCAUUCCCAUAUUUGUCGCUUGGCGCUCCUUCUCAAGAAAAAAGCUGGAUCUUCUAGGAGCAAUUUUUGCUUAUUUCAUUGGUUUUACGACUUUCAUUUCCAAUUUCUCUAUUUUUUGUUCCUUGAUGGGUUUCUUUUUCUCGAGCAACAUUUUCACUAAGUGGAAGAGCAACCGAAAAGCAAAGCAGUUAGCAGAUUAUGAAACCACUGGUUGCAGGGAUAGUUAUCAAGUUUUGUGCAAUGGCGCUGUUGUGUACGUUUCAUGUAUUUUAAUAGCGUAUGAAUGUCGAAUGCAGCUCAGAGAACUUAGUUUCAUGUCGCAAUAUAGCUGCACCAUGUAUUAUCUUAUGUCAAUUUCUGCAAUCUCUUGCUCGUGUGGCGAUACCUGGGCGUCUGAGAUUGGAACUGCAAUUGGAUCAGAUACUCCUCGUCUUGUAACUUCAUUUAGGAGGGUACCCGCUGGCACAAAUGGAGCUGUAUCUCUGACAGGAUUGAUCGGCUCUGGCGUGGGAGGAUUAUUCGUGGGACUAUGUGCUCUAUUAUCUCUUGGUCCUCAGUUCUGGUCAAUCUCAACUACAUUUGAUCUCCUUCUAUUCUGCACCUUAUCAGGUCUAAUCGGAUCAGGAAUUGACUCGAUUUUAGGCGCCAUGUUUCAAUACAGUGGCAUCGAUCAAAGAACCAUGAAAGUUACAAAUGAGCCAAAUUUACAUGCUGUACAUAUAUCAGGCUAUCCGAUUCUAAGCAAUAACGCAGUUAACGUGCUAACCUCUGUACUAACAUCUUUUGCCGUCAUGCCUAAGCUAGCUGUAUAUCUCAGGCUGUUUAAUGAAAGUCAUACAUUUUGAUUCGUGUAUAUUUUGAUUAUUAAGAUAUACGAGUAGUAUAGCGCAACAAGAGGUCAUGCCUGUUUUCGGAGAAAGGUCAACCUGUCAAGGUCGCGUGACUAUGUUACUCAAUUAGCCUAAUCUUUUUUUUUCUCGGGGGUCGUAAUAAAGAUCUGAUCAGAUUAAUUUUUUCACCUGCGUUAAUUUUUGGGGUAUAUGACCGGACUCAUUGGGGAAAUUUUGUCCAAUUGUUAAUUAAGUGGAUAACUCUGUGACAUCGCUGAGGGAAACAAACUCUUAUCAGAUUAAUUU